CCAUUAAUGAUUGAGGUGCCCUCUCGAUCUACUUCUUCCACCCCUUCUCCCCCAGAAACACCGUCUUCUGUUGAUCCAUCCCCAUCUUUGGCCACGCACCCUGCCUUGCAAAACAUUGAUAUCAUAUGCAUAAUUUGCUCAUAUGUACACGAUGGAUCGCUUCCUGCCCUUGCAUCCACAUGCCGUAUCUUUGAGCGUCCAGCGCUUGAUGUCCUUUGGAGGAAUCUCGAGUCCGUGGAGCCUCUUAUCAAAUGUCUACCAAGUGACCUGUUUGGUAUCGAGCAAGGACAUAUGGUAUUGCUGAAACCUCUCGACGCCAAAAUGUGGGGUAUUCUUUGCAAAUACACAUCCCGCGUGCAUUCCAUCGCACAAUAAUGCCCCUUGGGGGCUAUUGAGCCCCUCGGUUCGCUAAUGCUGUCUUGUCCUUCGACACCUGCGUCCAUAUUUCCGAACCUUCGCAAAUUGAGAUGGCGUGCUGAUGGAACACAAUGCGCUGCACAGUUCUUGCGUGUGGCUCUUGUUCCCACGUUGCUGGAUUUGGACAUAAAUAUUUCUUCACCUUCCUCCAUAUGCUUUCUCUCGGUUCUUUCGUCUCUUGGGACCUUGUGUCCUCACCUCCUGAUAAUACAUAUGCGGUCUCCAUCUGCAACCAACGACUUACUUCAUAAAAUUUCACCCUUCAUUGUACAAUCCAUUUCCCAGCUCCACCAUCUCAAGACAUUGCUUGUAUGGGACCUAGGAAAUCAAGGCAACGAGCAACUUAUGCAGCUGCGAGCUCUGCGGAAACUGGGGUUGUACUUGAAAUCAUCAUCAGCUUGGGAACGACGGUCACAUUUGCGAUUCCCCGGCUUUCACGAUUUGUAUUCUUUGGUUAUCAGAAGCAAACGCAUUGAGAUUCGCUUCCUCACUAAUCAUGCCUCCACAAGUCCAUCCACAAUGCUAUCCCACUUCUUCACUAUCCUUGGGGAGACAUGCGACCACGACAAUCUUGAAUCCUUCGCUGUUCCUAACUCGCCUGGGAAAAUCCACACAAAACCGGAUGUCUUCACGCCAAUGCAUUCAUGCUACAAUUUAACUCAGCUACUCAUCAAUAGCAGCUGGAACAUUUCUAUGGCUGACGAGGAGCUCUGCCAGCUGGUGAGAAGCUGGCCUAAGCUCCAAGUGCUCGAGAUCAGCCGCUUUGUCACCAUCGAUGACACCACGAUACCUACAUUCCACGGGCUGAUCGGCUUACUUCAGCUCUGCCCUGCUCUGACUUCUCUCACUCUUGUCGUGGACACCACCACGCUGGACAGUAUAGAUCUCAGUUCGCCCGGUGGUGGAGCUUGCAGUAGGAAUCUCAAAGAGCUCGUCCUCAGCAAUUCGCCCAUCGACUCACCGCUGCACGUAGCUCUAAUCCUCAGCGGCCUCUUCCCAUACCUAAAGCAGGUUGAUCUUGAUUGUUGGGAUUCGGCCCCAGCGACUUUGCCGCGCCAGAGCCAGACAGUGAAGAAACAAUGGGAGGAAGUGAACCUUGCCCUUUUCAGCUUCAGCGUUGUAAAGGAGCGACGUGUGGAAGUAUCAUGAUGUCGUCCGACUUACGCUUGAGUAAUCACCUACUCACUUUCAAGCCUUUCUAUGCUACAAUGAUGUUAGCUUACAUAUGCAACUUGCUAAAAUACAAUCGUGCAGAUGUCCGAACUUCUAUAUAUGAAGCUCCAAGUGCUCGUAUGUAACACAGAAAUGACGCCGCACCA